AUGCAGUCCGCUGAGAAGAUAUCACGGGGCGAUACGAUAGGGGGCGGGGUUUCCGGGCUCGUGGAACGCUUACCAUCGGGAAACGUAGUUAAAUCACCAUGGACUGGUUCUGAGGAGGCUAUUUGCCGUGCUGAAAUAGCACUCGAGAGGCGCAUAUAUGAAAAUCUAGGCCCUCACGCUCGGCUGGUAAAGAUAAUCGCAUGGGAUGCCGACGAGUGCGUUCUCACUAUGGAGUACAUGCCAAAUGGCUGCCUUAGGGAUUACCUUACGAUGCACAACGAUGAGAUAUUGGUAGCACAGCGCCUUCGCUGGGCGCGGGAGGCGGCAGAAGGGCUUCAGCUAUUACAUUCUACCCACAUCCUUCAUUGUGAUGUCGGCCCCAAAAACUUUCUACUCGACGCCAAUCUUAAUCUUAAGAUUGCCGACUUUAGCGGAUCUUCGUUCGAAGGCUCUCGGGCGUCAGCUUGUGCACCACCAAUACGGUUCCAAUCUCCUAGUCAUGAUUUUCGAGGCUCAACGAUCCAAGAUGAUCUGUUCGCGCUCGGCUCUAUGGUUUACUUUAUCAUGACCGGCAGAGCUCCGUACGAGGAUGUUGGGAGCGAUGAAGUUAAGAAACGUUACAAAGCUCACAACUUCCCUUCUGAUGUAACGGAGAUCCUCUGUGGGGAGAUAAUCCAGCGUUGUUGGCACUUCGAGGUUGCUUCUGCUCAAGAAGUAUACGACUUUGUUAGCAAUGAAUCAACCUCGUAG